UUAUAACCCAUGAUGUUGCGAGUUCUAUUGCGAGUUCUAUUAUUAAAAGUUGCUGCUCCGCAUAAAACCUCCUUUCCACAGCACAGUCACCUCCUCUCUCAACCGGCCCUUUUCCCCACAACCCAUAACGGCCGAUCUCUAAGCUCAUCGUCCAAUAUCCCAUCCACUCGAGCAUACUACGCACAGCCGACACACUCAACAAACGCCUAAUUCCAAAACCAUGGCUUCUCCUCACAUUAUCGUUGUCGGCGGUGGUCUAGCCGGUUUGUCCGCUGCUCACACCAUCUUGGAGCGCGGCGGGAACGUGAUCCUUCUCGACAAGAACGGUUUCCUGGGAGGAAACUCUACCAAAGCGACGUCUGGUAUCAACGGAGCCAACACCGCUACGCAGCGCAAGCUGAAGAUUCCAGACACCUCCGAGAUCUUCUACGAGGAUUCCGCGAAAUCUGCCCGUGAUCUGAUCGUGCCCCCACUCACCAAGGUCCUGACGUACCAAUCUGGCGCCGCCGUCGAAUGGAUCCAGGACAACUUCAAGGUCGACCUUUCGCUGGUGUCGCGUCUCGGUGGUCACUCCCAACCCCGUACGCACCGUGGAAAGGAAAUGUUCCCUGGUAUGACAAUCACCUACGCGUUGAUGGAACGUCUGGAAGAUAUCGCAAACGACACCCCUACCCGCGCCAAGGUCAUCAAGAAGGCCAACGUGAACAAAAUCGUGAAGGAGAAUGGAAAGGUUGUUGGUGUGGAGUAUGAGAGGGAUGGCAAGACGUACAAGGAAUCUGGGCCGGUGAUUGUCGCCACUGGUGGUUACGCUGCCGAUUUUUCCGCUACCUCUCUCCUUAAGAAGUACCGCCCUGAGCUGCUCGAUUUGCCUACUACCAACGGAGACCAUUGCACUGGUGACGGUAUCAAGCUCACUGAGGCCAUCGGUGGAAACACGUUGCACAUGGAAAAGGUACAAGUUCACCCAACUGGUCUUGUUGACCUCAAGGAGCCCGACGCCAAGGUCAAGUUCCUUGCCGCUGAAGCUCUUCGUGGUGUCGGAGGUCUUCUCCUCGACGCCAACGGUCACCGUUUCUGUGAUGAGCUUGGACACCGUGAUUACGUGACUGGCAAGAUGUGGGAGAACAAGGGUCCCUUCCGGUUAAUCCUGAACGGCAAGGGAGGAAAGGAGAUCGAAUGGCAUUGCAAGCACUACAUGGGCCGUGGUCUCAUGAAGCACUUCAAGGGAGCCGACGCCCUCGCCAAGGAGAUGGGCAUCAACGUGAAGGUUCUGGAAGAGACCUACACAAAAUACAACGAGAUCGCCCGCACGAAGAAGGACCCCUUCGGCAAGAAAUUCUUCCACAACGUCCCCUUCGUCCCCGACGACGAGUUUUGGGUCGCCAUCGUCACCCCCGUCCUCCACUUCACCAUGGGCGGAAUUCAGAUCGACGACCAAUCCCGCGUGCUGGGUCACGGCGACAACAAGCCCGUUGACGGUCUCUUCGCCUGCGGUGAGGUCGCCGGCGGUGUGCACGGCGCCAACCGUCUCGGUGGAUCCUCCCUCCUCGGAUGUGUCGUCUACGGCCGUGUCGCUGGUGCCACCGCCGCCACUUACAUCCUCGAAGAGCUGUCCAAGAACAACACCGCUGCUCGUCGUGUCGGUGGGAUCGCUGGCCACCUUGCCUCUUCCCCGGUCUCCAUCUCCGUCAACGGCCUCAAGAUCACCCUCGCCGCCGACGACGGUUCCUCUUCCUCAUCCGCCUCUACCGACGAGGGCGCCGCAUCGCAAACCGAGCCCCGCCCCACUGAGGCCAACACUGGACCAGAACCCAAGGGCAAGCCAGCUGCGAGCAAGGAGUACACGCUCGAGGAGGUUGCGAAGCAUAACACGGAAAAGGACUGCUGGGUUGUUGUUAACGGCCAGGUGCUGGAUGCGACCAACUUUUUGCCUGACCACCCGGGAGGCAAGAAGGCGAUCAUGCUUUACGCUGGUCGUGAUGCAACUGAGGAGUUUAACAUGUUGCACAAGCCCGAGGUCGUUGCCAAGUAUGCGCCUGAGACAAUCAUUGGCACACUGAAGAAGUAGAACUCUUGGAACCCUGCUUGAUACCCCAACCCCGAUCCCUCUCCUUUCCCUGCACUGUCCGUUUCCCCGAUCUCUUUGCUGUUGUAUUCACGUUUCUUUGUGCUUAUGUAUCAGUAUAGCUGCCUUAUCAUGGUUCGAAUCAAAAAUUUACACGAAGAAU